GGCACCCGGAUGUGGCGAAAAUGUUUGGCGCUCCUCUCAGGGUUUGCGCUGGAGGAACAAUUUCUAUUUCAGGUCAAAGGCACAGUUCAGGCUCGCGCGUCGACACCUUUGCACGGUUUUUCCAAAGAUGAGUUGGAUUUAAAACGGAUAUUUUCGAUGUGGAUUCGAGGAUGCAAGAAGCAGAUGAACAGUCUGAAGGGGCACAGUAUGCCAGCAAUAGAAGGACUACUCCCUCCACUGAUGCUUCGGCGCUCUGGUCAGAAAGCCACACCUGUCUGCACCAGCUCCAUCCACCGGAGCCCCUGCAGGCCCCGGCCAGCACUGGCAAGCCUGUCGGCUCCUCUUAUGGCCUCCUUGGGGCCAAUAGCGGCGUUCAGGGCCCUGGUGGCCCUGGCUCCGGUGUCAGCCCAGUCCUUGCUUGGCAUGCUGCCAUUAGUGCUGCUCGCCAAGCACAGGACGAUCCUGCAAAGCAUGAGAUGAGUUCCCGGCCCUCAGUUUGCACCACUGGACCUGCUCCUGUAGGCUCACUGGCCCAGAGGAAGAGGCAGCAGUAUGCCAAGAGCAAAAAACAGGGAGGAUCUACCAACAGCAGGCCACCCAGAGCACUGUUCUGCCUCACCCUCAACAACCCCAUCCGCAGGGCCUGCAUCAGUCUGGUGGAGUGGAAACCAUUUGAUAUCUUUAUACUGCUGUCUAUUUUUGCCAACUGUGUGGCCUUAGCCAUCUACAUCCCCUUCCCUGGAGAUGACUCCAAUUCUACCAACCAAGAACUGGAAACAGUAGAAUAUGCCUUCCUGAUCAUUUUCACUAUAGAGACAUUUCUGAAGAUUAUUGCCUAUGGCCUGGUCAUGCAUCAAAACUCCUAUGUCAGAAACGGCUGGAACAUGCUGGACUUUGUCAUUGUCAUUGUGGGGUUGUUCAGUGUGGUUCUGGAGAUGAUAACCAAAGACGCUGACUCUGGUGGCCAGUCUGGGGGUAAACCUGGGGGGUUUGACGUCAAGGCCCUCCGAGCAUUUCGCGUGUUACGACCCCUUCGGCUCGUUUCCGGAGUUCCCAGUUUACAGGUGGUUUUAAACUCCAUCAUUAAAGCCAUGGUCCCCCUGCUUCACAUCGCUCUGCUUGUCCUCUUCGUCAUUAUCAUCUACGCCAUCAUUGGCCUGGAACUCUUCAUUGGCAAAAUGCACGCCACAUGCUAUGUGGUACAGACAGGUGCCCUUGCAGAAGAAGAGCCCACACCGUGUGCACUGUCAGGGCACGGCCGUCAUUGCCUGCUCAAUGGUACAGGUUGCAGAGAGGGCUGGCAAGGUCCCAACAACGGCAUCACCAACUUUGACAAUUUUUUGUUUGCCAUGCUCACUGUGUUCCAGUGCAUCACCAUGGAGGGCUGGACUGACGUCCUCUACUGGAUGAAUGAUGCGAUGGGCUUUGAGCUGCCGUGGGUUUACUUUGUCAGUCUGGUCAUAUUUGGAUCCUUCUUUGUGCUCAACUUGGUCUUGGGUGUGUUGAGCGGAGAGUUUUCCAAAGAGCGAGAGAAGGCCAAGGCUCGGGGAGACUUCCAGAAGCUCCGUGAGAAGCAGCAGUUAGAGGAAGACCUAAAGGGCUACCUGGACUGGAUCACCCAGGCUGAGGACAUCGACCCUGAGAACGAAGAGGGAGACGAGGAGGGCAAGCGUAACCGGGUCACAUUGGCUGACCUCACUGAGAAGAAGAAAGGAAAGUUUGGCUGGUUCACUCAGUCCACAGAGACACAGGCGAGCAUGCCCACUAGUGAGACAGAGUCGGUGAACACAGAGAAUCACAAUGGAGAGGAAGAUAAAUCACCCUGCUGUGGACCGCUGUGUCAAAAAAUUACUAAAUCAAAGUGCAGUCGUCAGUGGCGGCGGUGGAACCGGUUUUGCCGGAGGAAGUGUCGUGCAGCUGUAAAAUCAGUGACGUUUUACUGGCUGGUCAUUGUCUUGGUGUUCCUCAACACUCUCACCAUCGCCUCUGAGCACUACAACCAGCCAGACUGGCUGACUGAAGUGCAGGACGUAGCCAACAAAGUUCUCCUUGCAAUGUUCACCAUGGAGAUGCUGGUGAAGAUGUACAGUUUGGGACUGCAGGCCUACUUUGUGUCCCUGUUUAACCGCUUUGACUGUUUCGUGGUGUGUGGCGGCAUCGUAGAGACCAUCCUGGUGGAGCUGGCCAUCAUGUCUCCUUUGGGUAUUUCUGUUUUCCGCUGUGUACGCCUCCUUAGGAUCUUCAAAGUUACACGUCAUUGGGCAUCUCUUAGUAACCUGGUGGCCUCUCUGCUCAACUCCAUGAAGUCUAUCGCCUCCCUGUUGCUGCUGCUCUUCCUCUUCAUCAUUAUUUUCUCCCUGCUUGGCAUGCAGCUGUUUGGGGGCAAGUUCAACUUUGAUGAGACUGUGACCAAGAGGAGCACGUUUGAUAACUUCCCUCAGGCCCUGCUCACUGUGUUCCAGAUCUUGACAGGAGAAGACUGGAAUACAGUGAUGUACGAUGGUAUCAUGGCAUAUGGUGGUCCCUCCUCCUCCGGAAUGGUGGUCUGCAUUUACUUCAUCAUCCUUUUCAUCUGUGGAAAUUACAUCUUGCUAAAUGUCUUCUUGGCUAUUGCUGUUGACAACCUGGCAGAUGCAGAGAGCCUCAACACAGCACAGAAGGAGGAAGAAGAGGCAAAGAAGAGGAAGAACAGUGCCAAGGAUACAAGCACAGAAAAGAGGAGAGUUGAAAUAACAGAAUCCAAGGAUGGUGAGACCAAGGUGCCAGCAAAGGCCUUGCUACAGGAACACAAAGAGUUGUAUCCUGCCAUCGACUCCCCAGUGUGUGAAGAUGACGAUAAUGAUGACCUCCCAGAAGUCCCCUCUGGGCCCCGCCCCCAGAGGCUGUCUGAACUCAGCAUCAAAGAAAAGACUCCGCCAAUCCCGGAGGGCAGCGCCUUCUUCAUCUUCAGCAGCACUAAUCCGUUUCGUGUAUUCUGCCAUAAGCUGAUCAACCAUCAGAUCUUUACCAACCUCAUCCUGGUCUUCAUCAUGCUCAGCUCUGUCUCUCUGGCUGCGGAGGACCCCAUACGCAACUUCUCUGCUCGCAAUAUUAUACUUGGUUAUUUUGACUAUGCUUUCACCGCAAUCUUUACUGUUGAGAUCCUGUUGAAGAUCCUAGGCUAUGCAGACUAUGUCUUCACUAGUAUGUUUACAUUUGAGAUCCUUAUUAAGAUGACAGCAUUUGGAGCGUUCCUUCAUAAAGGGGCGUUCUGUAGAAACUACUUCAACCUAUUAGACCUGCUAGUCGUUGGUGUGUCUCUGGUGUCCUUCGGCAUUCAGUCCUCUGCUAUCUCCGUGGUCAAGAUUCUGCGUGUUUUGAGAGUCCUCCGCCCACUCAGGGCCAUCAACAGAGCCAAAGGACUCAAGCACGUGGUCCAGUGUGUGUUUGUGGCCAUCAGGACCAUCGGUAACAUCAUGAUUGUCACCACCCUGCUGCAGUUCAUGUUCGCUUGUAUCGGUGUGCAGCUCUUCAAGGGGAAAUUCUAUCGAUGCACAGAUGACGCAAAGAACAGCCCAGAGGAGUGCAAGGGUACAUACAUUCUCUACAACAACGGGGACACAGCACUGCCCAUGGUGAGGGAGAGGAUCUGGUACAACAGUGACUUCAACUUUGACAACGUCCUCAUGGCCAUGAUGGCUCUCUUUACCGUCUCCACCUUCGAAGGAUGGCCCACCUUGUUGUAUAAAGCCAUCGAUUCCAACAGAGAGAACAUGGGUCCCAUCUACAACUACCGCAUCGAGAUCUCCAUCUUCUUCAUCAUCUACAUCAUCAUCAUCGCCUUCUUCAUGAUGAAUAUCUUUGUUGGUUUCGUCAUUGUCACCUUCCAGGAGCAGGGGGAGAAGGAGUACAAGAACUGCGAACUGGACAAGAACCAGCGUCAGUGUGUGGAGUACGCUCUUAAAGCUCGACCUCUGCGGCGCUACAUCCCCAAAAACCCCUACCAGUACAAAUUCUGGUAUGUGGUCAACUCCACUGGUUUUGAGUACGUCAUGUUUGUCCUAAUCAUCCUCAACACCUUGUGUCUGGCUAUACAGCACCAUGGUCAGUCUCAUCUGUUUAACUGUGCUAUGGACAUUCUCAACAUGGUCUUCACUGGAGUUUUCACUGUGGAAAUGAUCCUCAAGCUCAUCGCCUUCAAACCCAGAGGCUAUGUCGGGGACGCCUGGAAUGUCUUCGAUGCCCUGGUGGUGAUUGGCAGUGUAGUCGACAUCAUACUCAGCCAGAACUAUUUUGCUGAUGCAUGGAACACGUUUGAUGCCUUAAUUGUUGUGGGUAGCGUGGUUGACAUUGCCAUCACUGAGAUCAAUUCGGCAGCCCUUCCUGUCUUCAAGGUGAUAGUGGAGCCAGGGAACACAGAAGACAGCGCUCGCAUCUCCAUCACCUUCUUCCGCCUGUUCAGGGUGAUGCGAUUGGUUAAACUGCUGAGCAGGGGGGAGGGCAUCAGGACUCUCCUGUGGACAUUCAUCAAGUCCUUCCAGGCUCUUCCUUAUGUUGCCCUCCUGAUUGCCAUGCUGUUUUUCAUAUAUGCUGUAAUCGGAAUGCAGGUGUUCGGGAAAAUAGCCAUGGUGGAUGGAACACAAAUCAACCGCAACAACAACUUUCAAACCUUUCCUCAAGCUGUGCUGAUGCUCUUCAGGUGUGCUACAGGUGAGGCCUGGCAAGAGAUCAUGCUGGCCUGUCUGCCAGGGAAGCUGUGUGAUUCAGAGUCAGACUACAACCCCGGAGAGGAGAGAACCUGCGGCAGUGGUUUCGCCAUUAUCUACUUCAUCAGCUUCUACAUGCUCUGUGCUUUUCUGAUCAUCAACCUAUUUGUGGCUGUCAUCAUGGAUAACUUUGACUAUCUGACCCGUGAUUGGUCCAUUCUUGGGCCACAUCACCUGGAUGAGUUUAAAAGGAUCUGGUCCGAAUACGACCCUGAAGCCAAGGGCAGGAUAAAGCACCUCGAUGUUGUGACUCUGCUAAGGAGGAUCCAACCUCCGCUGGGCUUCGGCAAGCUCUGCCCUCACAGGGUGGCGUGUAAGCGUCUGGUGGCAAUGAACAUGCCCCUGAACAGUGAUGGCACUGUCAUGUUUAAUGCCACUUUGUUUGCUCUGGUCCGAACUGCUCUCAAGAUUAAGACUGAGGGCAACCUGGAGCAAGCCAAUGAGGAGCUUAGAGCUGUGAUCAAGAAGAUCUGGAAGAGGACCAGCAUGAAGCUGCUGGACCAAGUUGUGCCCCCCGCAGGCGAUGACGAGGUAACAGUGGGGAAGUUCUAUGCCACCUUCCUUAUACAGGACUACUUCAGGAAGUUCAAGAGGCGCAAAGAACAAGGCCUUAUGGGAAGGCACUCAUGGGAGAGGCUGAACACCACCAUGGCUUUACAAGCCGGCCUGCGCACGCUGCAUGACAUCGGACCAGAGAUCCGUCGAGCCAUAUCUUGUGACCUGCAGGAGGAGGGGCUAGUAGAGCUUAAUGGAGAAGAAGAGGAGGAAAUUUACAGGCGUAAUGGUGGUUUGUUUGGCAACCAUGUGAACCAUGUUGGUGGCGAUCAGCAAGGCUCCUCUCACCCGACCACCGUCACCCAACGCCCAUUGCAAAUCCUGCCCUUCUCCUGCAACUCCUCGACUGACCCCCCCCAAAUUGGCAGGAGAGCCAGCAGCAAUUACAGGGAAGGAGAGACAGAGAUUGACUCUCCACCCAUCCAGUAUAAUCAUCAUUAUCAUUCCCCUCAUCCGUAUAAUUACCCUCACUGUAAUUCCACUUGCCAUCAAUCGCCAAUACCCUCCAAUGCCAACCUCAACAAUGCCAACGUGCCCUCGCUUCUCUCCAUGACCACUGGGAGGCAGCAGAAGUGUCUGUUAAGGCGUGACCGUCCAUCUUCCACUAAAAAUGGAUCAUCAGCAAUAACUCGCAGCAGAGGAGCACAGGACAAGCCUUGGAGGUCACACUCCACAAGGACACGCUACCGCGAGGCCUACAUUAGGUCACAAAGUGGUGGUGGACUUUACCCCACCAUUUGUCGAGGGGAGCCAGGGGGCGUGGACAGCGAUGAUGAGCGAGGCUCAGGAGAGUACUACAGUGGAGAGGAGUUUCAUGAAGACGACAUCAUGCUCACAAAGAACAGGUUGAGCAACAAGGAUCGACGUGAUGCAGAAAGAGACUUUGACCUUGACGUUUCUGGGGGCAACCACCAGCCUGAUAGUUACUAUAAUGAUGAUCAACAGCUGAUCUGCCAAGACAGCAGGCGGUUACCCAGGAGAUGGUUGUUACCCUCACCUCAAGCCUCCAACAGACCAACAUUUAGUUUUGAGUGUCUCCGCAGAAGAAGUAGUCAGGAUGAUGCUCCUCCCUCUCCAUCCUGCACAGCUCUUCCACUACACCUGGUGCAGCAACAGGUAAUGGCUGUGGCUGGUCUCGAUGUUAGCAGAAUUCACCAUCUGUCUCCGACGAGGUCGCUGUGCUCCUGGGCCACGCCUCCUGCUUCACCCAUUAGCCUGGACUGCUCGCCCUGCUACACACCGCUCAUACAGGUGGACUGGAGCAGUCCUGGCAGUGUUGGCAGCAUCCCUGGAGCAGUGAAGAGGAGCUCAUGGUACACAGAAGGCCAGGAUGGCCCUCCCACCCGCAGCCACUCUCCAUCACGUCUGCAGCUACCUGCAGAGAGCUGCACACACUUCCUGCAGAAGAGAGGCAGUGCCAACAGUCUGGUGGAGGCUGUAUUGAUCUCUGAGGGUCUGGGGAAAUACGCCAAAGACCCCAAGUUUGUGUCAGCGACCAAACAUGAGAUUGCGGAUGCCUGUGAGAUGACCAUUGACGAGAUGGAUAGUGCUGCUAGUAAUCUUCUGAAUGGGAGUACGGGUAAUGGCAACAAUGGGGGGACAGGGAACGUCACCUCAGACCCACAUGCCGCCACACAUUUUAGAGACUGCAGUAUCCGUGACUACAGCGAUGAGGAGCCGUACAUGGCUAUGAAAUGCGAGGAGGACUUAACAGAUGAGAUGAUAUGCAUCACGUCACUAUAGCAGCGGCUCACAGCGGAUUAUUUCGGGUUUUUUUUUAUUGAAUUUUCAUUUCUGCUCCACAUUUAGGGGACAUCUCUGUUCAAGUGCGUCCUGCGUCCGACAGAAAAAAACGUAAAACAUGAACAGAUAAGAGAACAAAGUGCCUUGUUUUCUCUUUCUGUGAAGUGGAAAAUGGAAAUGCCAGAGGGAUGAGAAAAAUGGUCAUAUUCAUGGAAAAGCUAGGAUGAAUUCAGCAAAUAUUGAAACCAGUGGGCAAUCAAACUACCUGCCAGGAUUCAUCACACUCCUUUUAAGUUGUUUUCCAUUUUUUCAAUUAUUAACAGUGAAUUGAUGGAGCAGAAUAAUCUGGCAGCCUCACAAAGCCAGCCCAAAGCUUGUCAAGUUAAUUUUCCCAACAACAUCCACUGAAUCCAGCAGCUAAAAGCCCGACAGUAUGGGGAGUUGUGUGCAGUCUGUAAGUGCUUGGUUGUGUGUGCUUGGUUAUGCGUACAUAUGUAUUUUUGUUUUGUCUCUGGUCUCCAAAACACAGGAUCUGGCAAAGAGUAGCAGUUUAAAUUUCACAGUUUCAGCUUUAGUGUGAGGCCAUUUGCAUCCAUAAAGUACUGUUUGAACAAUGUUGGGAUUGUUGGCCUGUCAUUGUUCUGCUGGACGUUCCUAAAGCUAUGUGACUUUGCAUAAGCAAGGCCAUGACUCCCACAUUGUUGUGUGCCACUGUUCUAAACACUCACAGACUACACUGUGUGAAAUGUUUCAUGCAAAACAGACUUUACCAAAAAAAUUAAAAAAAAAAAAAAAUUUUCCACAACAUUCUGUCCUCCAGUUUGAACAUCAGAGACAAACACCAGUGACAGGCCAGUGAGUGAGCCUUGACAUCUUAAAAAAUAAGAUAAAAUAUGUGAGCUGCCUUUGCAAAGCUGCAUUUCUCCUGUCCAAUGAUUCCAAGAUUCCCUGUAUUCAAGUUUCAUCUCAUGUAUACACUAUGUGUGAUCUUAACCUUUCAUUGCUCAUAAUAACAGACACAGUUUUGAUCUGCUGCUCAUUCCUCACAUUAUAUUUUGGUCUCUAUAACUCAGAUAAGACAAAAAAACCAAACACAAAAACAAACAAACAAACAAACAGAAAAUCCUCAGUUUAUCACAUAGUUUAUUUCAACUCAUCUCAGCAAGAGCGGAAAGCAAGCUGAUCCAUAAGCCAUUCCACCCGGUGAAUCUGGGAGCUGCUCUUGGUCACCAGUUCAGGGUUUCAGGGUUUAAAUGUUGCUCGUUUCCAGUUUUGACUUGAAAAGGAAAUCACAUAUCAGUGAGAAAGACUUUCUCCUCAGGCAUAUCCUUCUGUUUCAUGUGUAUGCUGAAAUGACACACACAGAAACAUGUUGUAAGUCUUUCCCCCCUUUAUACCAACAAAACACCUACUUAACCAAAAACGUACACACUUUUUAAUUUUACUGCUUUGACCAUUAUGAAAACAAAGAAAAAUGAAGUUAUUACAAUAUCACAGACUUAUUUCUAUAGUGAUCGCUAACCCAAAGCCCCUUGAAAACUGUGAGUAAAGACUGUUAAGGCUCACUCAGAAUAUGCAAGGAUUCCUUACUCACACUCUUUCACACAUUGUUGAAAAAGUGCCAGCCCUAUGACACAUACAGUAUAACACUGCGUCAUGUGAGACUUACCAGUAUGGUAUGUUUCAGUGCUGCAUGAAACUUUGAUUAAUAAUAUGUUUUUACAAGGCAACAAAGAUUAUCCAGAGAUUCCUUCGUCAUAGCUGAAGCCAUAUUUGGCUCAACACUUUUUGGUGUUCCCUUGAAUCUAUUGUCACAUUCAAUGUGCUUGUUCUCUCUGGCACCUGAGUGCUUGUUUCAUGAUGAGUCAGAUGAAGUAAACAGAUCAAAACACACCAUAGAAAUAUAUAUAUAUAUAUAUAUAUAUAUAUAUAUAUAUAAAAUUUAUUUAUUUAUUUAUUUAUUUAUUUAUUUUUUUUUUUUCCUGACAAUAUAUAAAUUAAGUAUAUUGUUGUUGAGUGUAUAUAGAGUGUUCUUGGAGUGAAAUGAUUGAUGUUAACUGCUGGUGUUUAUUUGUAGGAUUUCUUUUUGUUCCAGCACCAGUUUGAGUGCACAAGAUGUCCAAAGCAGCUGCUUGUCUGAAAGGAGAACUACGCAACAUGCUCAUAGGUAAAAACACUGAUGAGAGGCAACAUUUCUCACCUGCUAUUCUGCACAUCAGCUCCACCACUUUCCAGUGUUUGUCUACCACUGCCACAUGUAAAAAUGUCCUCAGGUCAGCCUUUAAAAACCCAGGGUGAUCAUGCUUUUCUUUUUUUCUCAGUCUAAAUACUGUUGUCAGGGCAAACAAAGGGCUCCUUCAAAUAUAAAACCAAAUCAAGUGAUCAGUGAGUGCAUUUACAUGCACAAUAUUCCAAUGAUUUUCCAAAUCAUUUUUUAAUAAAUAAUAAUUUUUCAUUUUUAAAUGUUUUCUCUGAGGUGUGCACCAGUUCUUCUGGUGCACAAUGUCUGAACAUGAUUGAUGCAGAUACUGAGACGAAAGUUUGCUGUUCGGUGUUGUGAUGAUACAGUUUAUAUACAUAUUAAUCUCACCUGAAACAGGACAUGAGCUGGUAUUUGGAAAACUCUUUGCAUGUACUGUAAGUGCACUCCUCUCUUCUCUCCAGAAGAUUUAUAUAUACAGGAUUUAGUGGCCAAUACUGCUGAUAAAUAUGACUUCUGCAUUUUCUAACUGCAUGUAAAUUGUGUUUAAUUAAGACCUUUAACAAAUAUUAUUGCUAUUACCUCGGUACCUAUCCAGGUGUGUUGGUUAAUGUGUCAGGGAAACUGUGUGGCAAUGGCUGAAUUUCCACAAAAUGAAAGUAAACUUGUUUCUAAAGUAGUAAUAAUGUAAAAUGCUUUCAUAUUCAUAGUUUUCUCCUGUGAUUGAUCUGAUUGGCCACAUGGGUGUUCCACAACUCUACAUUAUGGUUGGUUAAUGAUUAUUUAAGAAGCACACUGAGAUGUUAAAAACCUCUAAAGACAGCAAAGUAAUCUCAGUGCUCAACUGAUGUGAUUUCUGGAAUGCGCAGUGCUGAAAUCUUAACAACCAGCUUCAGAAAAAGAAUCAAGAAUCACACAAUUCGCAUACAGAAAUCACACAUUUUCCACUUUGAAAAUCUCAUCAUUUUGUGUAAAUACAGCCAGCAGAUUCUGUUUUACUGUCUUGGAUUCUAAUGACGUUUUAAAUGAAAAGUAGAGUAAUUAUGAGCACUUCAAAAGCCAUAUUACACACAUGCUGUGAACAGAUUUAGAUUUUUGCUGCAUAUCCCUCUGAAACUGCCGAGCAGUAGAUUAUGCACCCUGCAGAAUGCAGAGCUGCAGCGUCUUGUACCGUGUGAUUGACACUCUGGUUGUUUUGGGGAUUAAACCUGUCAUGGUUUCUGUGAAUUACGUCCCUCCUGCUCAAGAGUCGGCCAUGUUUUCCUCAGCUCCUGAAGUUUCUGAUCUCUGACUGACAUUUACACAGUGAUCAUGGGGAGGACAGUGAUGGGCGACACAGAUAGUAAUCACUUGAUCAAUACCAAAUGUUUUAUUAAAUUGAGUGUUUCGGUGUCAUCAUUAAUUGGUUUUACAAACAAAAUAAAAAUAAUGACAAAGAUACA